UGUCGGCAUGGCACUCGAGUCAUCGACUGCGAUGGAAGACGAAUUCGAUUCGCGGUUCAGAAUGGCACUCGAAAAACCAUGGCGACCGUUCUGCGGCGCAGCUCGCGAUUUGCCGCGGAGGCGGAAACGGUCCAAAUCCGUGCCGCCCGUGUGGCGCACGGCUCCGAGGCUCCGCAAGGCAGGCCUGCGCGUUCGUUGGUUGAUUACCGGUGCGAGUCCUUGUCCUCCGAGUCCGGCCCUGGUCCGAGUCUCCGAGUGCAGUGCAGGGCGACGCAGUGCCGAGUGCAGGCUGAGGGUCUCCGACCGCCGGUCCGGCACGGCAUCACGGCAGCAUGAAACCCUCCGUGCCCCUCCUGGUUGCAGCGACACUGACGCUGCUCUGGUCCGCGGCGUCCGGGGAUGCGCCCACGGCCAACAAGUGCAACAUGGUGUGUGGCAGAAACUACGACCCUGUCUGUGGAGAGGACCAAGGAGUUCAGAAGACCUUUUCCAACAGGUGCAUGAUGGAGUACUACAACUGUCUCAAAGGAACUGAUUUCGUCAUUGUCAUACUGGAUGAAUGUGCCAAUGAAGAGAAACUUCCGUUCUGAUCUCCAGUUAAAUGUAUAUUUCAUAUGAACCUCACCUGGUGAUUUUGAUUGCUAGUUAUAAAUUAUGACGUUGGGAGGCUAAAUU